AUGUGCUUUGAUGAUGCUACACAACGUGAUGGACCUGGUGCUGCACUAAUACUUGGACUUGAAAUGGCAGUCGACAUGAAGCAGUUGCAGUUACAAGUAUUUGGUGACUAUCAGUUGCACGUUCCAAGGAAGGAAAAUAAGAAAGCCGAUGCUUUAGCAGCUCUAGCUUCAACACUAAAUCUGCCAGAUCAAACACAAGUAACUAUCUACCAAAAACGGGUAGUACCUCCACCAAAUGAGGAUGAAGGCGCGGAAAAUGAGCUUGAUCAUCUCGUAGCUAUUUCUGAAGCUGCAAAGGAAGACUGUUUCAUGCGAAUUUUAUACGAAGUAUUACACCAGACAGUCGCAUCUUGGCUAUUUGACGCUUGGGGGUUGGACGUCGUUGGUCCGUUACUGAAAUCUUCUGGUGGACACUUGUACUUCUUGGCUGCAACCGACUACUUCUCAAAAUGGGCCAAAGCUGUCGCUCUUAAAGAAGUGAAGAAGGAGAAUGUUGCAAACUUCAUCCGAGUAAAUAUCAUUUACCGCUUUGUCAUUCCUCGUUACAUAAUAGAAGACAAUGGCAAGCCAUUUGAUAAUAAAUUGAUGAACGAGAUUUGUGAUCUCUUCGGUUUCAAGCAGCGUAAAUCUUCUAUGUAUCAUGCUGCCGCCAACGGUCUAGCUGAAGCGUUCAAUAAGACUAUGUGUAACUUGUUGAAGAAGAUUCCUAGGUCUAGUUUCCUCAGAAUUUGGCGGCUCAUGGUUUCAACGUUCCUAUAUCGAGAUAUGAAUUUUUUAGUGAAGCUAGGUGAAUCUGAAACUAUCAGCGUUUCAGCAUGUAAAGCCGACUUCCCGAAUUUAUCUGGGAUGAAUUAG